ACAAAGACAGGCUCUCUGGUGAGAAGUUCUUCUGGUCAUUUAUUAUUUUACAAAAUUUUAUUUAAUAGAUACUUAUACUUUGUGACCAGAAGGAUGGAGUACCGGGAAUUGGCAACAUAUUUUAUUAUAAAACUUAUUUAUUUCUUAUAAAUAAGUAUUGUUGCCUUUCUCGAGCCAUUAUCGACUUCAAAAAAAUCAAAUAAGCCAGGAUGAUCUAUUGUUAAGGCGAAGUUAUUUCAAAUGCCUUGAACUAUAUUAAUCUGUUGUUCUAACGUGGAAAGAAACGUAUAUCCCGUUGAAAUGGCACCAGCAGCUAAGAAAAAGACCGUAGAGAGUAUUAAUUCUCGAUUAGCUCUUGUUAUGAAAAGUGGAAAAUUCACGCUGGGUUAUCGCAGCACAUUAAAGACACUUAGACAAGGGAAAUCCAAAUUAGUUAUUAUUGGUAGCAACACUCCACAAUUAAGGAAAAGUGAAAUAGAAUAUUAUGCCAUGUUGUCAAAGACAGGUGUCCACCAUUACAGUGGUAACAACAUUGAGCUCGGUACUGCUUGCGGAAAAUAUUUUCGUGUUGGUGUUCUUAGUAUAACUGAUCCUGGGGAUUCUGAUAUUAUCCGUUCCAUGCCUGAGCAAGAAGCAAAAUAAAAUCUUUAUAGCUUUAA